AGUAUUCAUUCCAUAUCGUUAAUUCGUCAAUCUUCGUUUUCUCAAUCGCACCAUCUAAAUUUCUCAGAUUCUUUCUCUUCUCACAUAACGCUUUCGUAAAUUGGAAGUUGAAUUUAUUAUUCCGACAGAUUUGAAUCUACCGCAGGAUAGACACAUUAGGUCUUACGUCGUUGUCAUGAAAUUUCCGUCGCCCUACAAUUUCGUUCCUUAAUUUUUCAACUUCAUUCGAUUCCAAUUCCAUGACGACACCAUCUUCCUCAGCUUCGGAAUCGCAAUACACUUAUUCCAACCCCUCUUACUUCCCAGUGCCCUUUCAUCUACAGCAACCUGCAACCACUCAUUACGCUGCACCCUAUGUUGCCACUCCGUCCGUGCAACCUUCCAUCGUUGGUCCCGUUGCGCCGGUGGCAGGUGUGUACUCCACCGUGCCACAGUAUCAGGCACAACAGUUAUUUGAGAGGGAUGCACAGAUAAUAACGCCGGAGGCUCUUGAGAAUGUUAAGGCAGCGAUUGCGAGUAGUGAUGUAGAGCACAAAGCAGAUAGCAAAAGGAAAGCGGUUCCUCACAAGGUUGCUGGCCAAUCAUGGGAGGAUCCUAUCCUUGCAGAGUGGCCAGAAGAUGAUUAUCGGCUCUUUUGUGGCGAUCUCGGUAAUGAAGUGAAUGAUGAUGUUCUUUCAAAAGCAUUUUCACGGUUCCCUUCUUUUAACUUGGCACGAGUUGUCAGAGAUAAGCGGACUGGUAAAACAAAAGGUUAUGGAUUUGUGAGCUUUGCGAAUCCUGCUGACCUUGCUGCUGCACUUAAAGAAAUGAAUGGUAAGUAUGUUGGAAAUCGGCCCAUAAAACUUCGCAAGAGUAAGUGGAAGGAGAGGACGGAUUAUGAAGCACUGGAAAAACAGAAGGUAGAAAUUCCAAAUUAUCAUGAAACG